AUGACUCGAAAGGAUGCCAAGGAAAGGAAGGAACUGACAUACGAAAGGGCCAGGAAGCUCUUUGAAACCUACAGCAGGUUUGCUCUUGUCAAGAUUGAGAAUGUGGUUUCGACCCAGCUCAAGGACAUCAAGAGGCAGUGGGGAGGCAAUGCGGAGCUUCUGAUGGGAAAGAACUCUGCAAUCCGGCGAGCAAUAGCAGAUCUUGGGAAGCCUGAGCUGUCUGGUGUUUAUGACCUCGUCAAGGGAGAUGUCUGCUUUGUGUUCUUCAAAGGAAAUGCCCGAGAUAUUAAGAAGGCGAUUGACGAGAACGUCAGGGAGGCAUGUGCCAAGGUUGGGAAUGUUGCACAGAGGGAUGUAUGGGUUGAAAGCUGUAUCACGGGAAUGACACCCGAUAAGACAUCGUACUUCCAGGCUCUUGGAAUAGCAACCAAGAUCACAAAGGGUAAGGUGGAGAUCAUCUCUCCAUACAAGGUUCUAUCUGAAGGAGACAAGGUGGGGCCAUCCCAGGCGAAUCUUCUUGGAAUGUUGAACAUCAAGCCAUUCUGCUACAAGAUGACCAUGCAUCAGAUCUACGAGGACGGAGUUAUCUACGACUCGUCUCUGAUUGACAUUGGAGAAGAGGACAUCUUCACAUCUCUGAGAAACGCAAUAAGCACCGUGGCAGCGGCGAGCCUUGGAGCUGGCGUCAUUACACAGGCAAGUAUGCCAUACAAUGUCAGAAAUGCAUUCAAGGACAUCCUCCAUGUCUCUCUUGGAGCAGACUUUAUGAUCAAAGAGCAGUCCAUGGUUAUGGCUAAUUAA